AUGAGUGAUCUCGACCGGGCGAUUGAGCAGCUUCGGGCUUGCCGUCUGAUUCCCGAAUCCCAAGUGCGUGAGCUGUGCUACAAAGCACGCGAGCUCUUAAUCGAAGAAGGCAAUGUCGUCUCCGUGGAUGCUCCAGUCACCAUCUGCGGCGAUAUCCACGGCCAGUUCCACGACCUGAUGGAGCUAUUCCGCGUUGGCGGCGAUGUGCCAGAUACCAACUACUUAUUCAUGGGUGACUUUGUUGACCGUGGCUUCUACUCCCUCGAAUCCUUCCUUCUUCUCCUCUGCCUCAAAGUGCGCUACCCAGACCGCAUCACCCUUAUCCGCGGCAACCACGAGUCCCGCCAGAUCACAACCGUCUACGGUUUCUACGAUGAAUGUAUCCGCAAAUAUGGGAGCGCAAACGUCUGGCGCUAUUGCUGCGAAGUCUUCGACUACCUGGCGCUGGGCGCUAUCGUGCUCGGCGCUAGCUCGGAGCUGGAACCCACCGGUCCGCCCAUUGUAAAUGAAACCCAGUCGAGCAUGCCUCUCGACGAUGAUGAAUUGGAGACCGAAGUGCUCAACUCUCGCGGCGAAGUCACAAUGAGUACCUACCGUCCGCGCAACCGCUCCUCUUCAGAUUCCUCGGAUACGUCCCGUAAUAUCUCCCCGCCCCGCGAUAUCUCCGCCGCUCCGGGCCAGACAGCAGGCGCGCCUUUGCGAGCUGGAGCCCCGGGGACUGGUGCAAGCUCUGAUGGUAAUGGCAGCGCAACAACCACCCGCACAGGAGCUGUUCUCUGCGUGCACGGCGGCUUGUCGCCGCUCAUCGACUCGGUCGACAAGAUCAGACUAAUCGAUCGCAAACAAGAAGUGCCGCACGAAGGCGCCAUGUGCGAUCUCCUCUGGUCAGACCCCGAUGAGAUUGAAGGAUGGGGUCUCAGUCCUCGUGGAGCUGGUUUCUUAUUCGGUGGCGACAUCGUGAAGCAAUUUAAUCAUCUGAAUGGGCUAUCGCUGGUUGCGCGUGCCCAUCAGCUUGUCAUGGAGGGCUACAAAGAGAUGUUCGAUGGCGGGAUUGUUACCGUUUGGUCGGCUCCAAACUAUUGCUACCGCUGCGGCAACGUGGCUGCCAUCUUGGAAUUAGGGGAAGAUACAAGUAAUGGCGGCACGAUUGCGCGUAGUAAUGGUGAGUAUGGUCGUAGCAACGGUGUACUAGGCUCAAAUGCUGCCACUACGGUUGUGAGUCCUGGGAGGAGGUACCGUGUUUUCGAGGCUGCGGCCCAGGACACAAGGGGCAUGCCUGCGAAGAAGCCCGUUGCUGAUUAUUUUCUGUGA